GAGUGAACAAUUGAACAUCCCAGAUUCUCAAACAGACGAUGAAUUCUAGGGAGCUCAAGUAGUAAGACUCAACUACUCCUCAGUCCUCAGUCCUCAGUUCCUCACUCCAGACUGAUGCCAAAAAGCCUCUCCCAAAAAUUGACCACCACAUCCAAUGCAUAAUAAAAGGCUGUAGUUCUUGGAUUUAUCACAGAAGUAAGAAUCGGAAUGUCUGUUUGAUAGUCAGUAACAGAGGAACGGCUUUCGUAGGGGGUAAAGAAUUCGAAAAUUGGUUAAUUUGACAUGCGUUUGAAAAUUUUGAAGAAAUGGCAAUCCGAGCUGACAGAAGGAGACAUUUCAUGUCAGUAGAGUUUGCUAUGCAAAGAGAGAUGGAAUACAGACAAAAGCUGGAUAACAAAGGUUCCGGCCAAACCCAGUUGGUGUAGGUACCAAGACCAACCUCAAGCCAAGAUCCAAGGGCUACACCUCGGACAAAUUUGAAUCUGCAUUCAGCUAACAGACCUGUUCACAUUCCUGAGAAUCCCGGUUCAGUACCACUUACAAGGCCUCCUUUGUACCCAUGUCCAGCCCCGUAUUCAAGACCAAGUCCAAGUUCAGGCCCAUCGCGUUCUACACCUCUUCCAGUUGGAAUUUUCACAUGCAAAAUCUGUCAGCUUGACUGCAAAACUGGGUUCAAUCUGUUGUCACACUAUCAGGGUCAAAAGCACAGGGCCAAAGUGGGAGGGGUGAGGCCUGCGAAGGGGAAGGAAGUUUCUAAUUCCGGUGGAACAAUGCAGCGAGAAAAUGAGAAACGGCCCUACUGUGAUGUGUGUGGGAUCUGGUGCACUGACGAGUACAAUUACAGGCUGCACUUCAGCUGCACAAACCACAUUCUCAAACAGUAUGACUGGCUCAUGAAAAAAAGGAUGCGCUUGUAACACUCUAUGAUUAUAUCAAACAGUUGUUGCACACUAAUAAUGCCAUUUUAGGCCGGGGGACUUCGAAUUUAGUAACAUAACGUUUGUUGUUCAUCGUUUUCUCGUGAUUUUUAUCCAGCAAAGUUAUUUUGUUGCUGUUGAGGAUGUAACAGAAAUCAAGUGUCCUGUCAUAUGCACAGAUGUUCUUUCCAGGAUACUAGUUAUUGUAUGGUUAUUGUACAAUAUGGGGAUAUUUAUGUUUUGUAAUAAUUUUCCUGCCUUCAGCAUUUUACCAGGAAUGUUUUAAACCACCCCCCCUCCCUCUAAAUGUUUUUCUGUACUUGUUUUGGUCCAAUAUGUGUGAUUAGUUUGGUUAUGUAACAGGUUGAUAAAAAUUAUCAUGACAGUCAAGUUUUCCACUAAAGUCCAAAUCCAUACACUGAAAAGACCAGAAUAUCCUCAAAACUGUACCAUAAAAUAUGAGAAAGCCACUAAAGCUGCUCAUGUCUGGAGCCAGCUUAAUAUCCCUCCCAAAAUUCCCAUCAUACACAGUCAAUAUUCAGCAUACUGUGAUUUCCAUUUCAGAAUUGCAAUACAAAAUUCCAUUAAAGGGUAGUAGAGAGAAAAAAAAUGGCAGCUGACAGGAAAAGCUAUGUGAUGUCAGUAGAGUUUGCAAUGAGAAGAGAGAUGGCUUACCGGAAAAAGUUGAAUGGUGAAGGAGGGUCUAGUAGUACUAACAUUUGUGCCAGGAAUGAUCGGGAUCCUCUGCCUAUUCAGGUGAUAGCACCAACUUCUAGCCAUGCUCCAAGGGAAAUCCUACAGCCUACCCAAUAUUCAAGUCCAGCUCUGACUGUGCGGCCCAUGUACAAUCCUACCCCACGCCCAUAUUAUGCGCCUAGACCAGUGCAAACUCCACUGCAAAGUCCCAACUCGCAGCAUAAUGAACUGACUACCAGGUCAACACCACUUGUGAGGCCACCUCUGAUUCAAAGCCAACGUUCAAGACCAGGUGCAGCUCAUCAGUUAGCUCGUAAGAAGAGGAAGAAGCCACUUCAAGAGGAAGAUUACUUCUGCGAGCUCUGUGAAAUUGACUGCACUAGUGAGUUCAAUCUCAGGAUGCACUUCAAUGGUCAGAAGCACAAGGCCAAAAAGCGAGAGGCAAACAGUAAGAAAGUGUCUGAAAGUGGAGUGUCACAGUGGGGUACAAGACAACAUAAAUACUGUGAUUUGUGUAGGAUUUGGUGCACAGAUGAGAGCUCUUUCAGACUGCAUCUUGAUGGAAAGAACCAUAUACUCAAACUCCAUGCUGCUGAGAAAAAAAACUAAUCUGUGAUUGGUUUUUAUCAAUACUUAGUAAUUUGAUAUGGUAUUAGAACAUACGGAGUAUAAUAUACACCAGGUAAGUAGUAUAGUGUUGCAUCAUUUCCAGUUGUUAAAAUGCCGUUUAGUGCAUAUUGGAAGCCUAUUUUUAUUGAAACAAAAGGUUAACUGUCAGAAUCUGAAUUAAGGCACCAUGUCUCUUUACGUUUUGUUUUGUUUUGUUUUGCACCAUGUUUUGGUUGAAAUCAGUAACUAGUCCAGUAGGCACUAGGAAAACAUCCAUGAUCACACAUAUAUAUUUUUUUAAAGAGCUUAGCCUUUAACUGUCAACGAGCAAAUGGCCUAAUUAGUAAUCAAGUUUUCAGGAGUUAUAGGUUGGUCUCGGUGAUUUGUGAAUGGUGCCAUAUCUUGGUGUAAUUUCAUGUACUUGGUAAUUUCCCCCUUUCCGGAAGGCACUAGAAAAGCUUGCAUUUUUCAGUGAGUCUAGUACGAGGAGGACAAAGGAUGCCUCUGAGGCUCUGAAGUCUGAACUCACACAGUUAACAUGGGACAUAGAAGGGGAAGAAGUUUCUAUAGUACUAAGUAAUAAAGGAAAUGCCAAUAUUAGCCUACAGAUUCCUCCAUCAGAAUAUAUAUGUGCCCUCUUUGUCUUCCCACAUUCCCCAUCAGAUUAUUCUUCUGUAUUUUCUGUUUCUGACAACAUUUUGGCAACCGGAAAAAUGGGUAGUGAAAGGGGUAGUUAUAAAAUGGGAGUGGAUAUUGCGGUGAUGAGGGAGAUGGCUUAUCGCCAACAGUUAGAGUUGAUGGAGCUGAUCAAGAGAAAUGAAUUCAAACAAGUCUCUGCACCUCCUAAUCAAACUUCUUUACCAGCUUCAAAGCCAAAUUCAGAGAAAAGAUCAAGCCAAAUUCCAAAACCGAGGCCCAAGCUAAGCGAGAAUUCAUCGCCUAUUUCAAGUCAAAAGCCAGGCCCUUCGUUCUCAGGAACAAAGCCGAAAACACUGAUGAUCCCGGUCUCACUCCCGCCUCGAGGCCCAAGUUCAGUCCCAAGGCCCAUUUUCUCAUCUCAGACACGGCCAAAGUCAGUCCCAAGGCCCAUUUUCUCAUCUCAGGCACACCCAAAGUCAGUCCAAAGGCCCAUUUUCUCAUUUAAGACAGCCCCAAAGUCAGUCCCAAGACCCUUUUUCUCAUCUCAGGCAGGCCUAAGUUCAGUCCCCAGGCACGUUUUCUCAUCUCCGGCAGGCCGAAUAAGCUCAGCCCCCCGAUCCAUCCUUUCAUCUCAGACAGGCCCAAGGCUAAAAUCAGUGAUAGCAGGCCCACGUCCAUUAAUGCCUCAAAGCCCACGUCCAUCACUUACGUGGCAAAAGCCAUCACACAUUGGCCCGAAUACAAGUCCAAGGCCCGUUUUACUCCCGCCUCCCCCUCCUAUAGGACAGAGGUUCAAGCCCGCUCCAGGCUUAGGCUACAAAAGAAAAGAGGCACCUACUCCUACUCAUCAACUUCAGGUUCAGGCUAAUCAUAAUGAUGGUAAGGUGAGGAAGUUGUUCUGUGAAGUGUGUGAUGUGCAGUGCGCUUCUUUUCCUAACCUUCAGAUGCAUCUCAUGGGUCAAAAACACAAAGCUCAAGUGAAGAAAGGCAAGGGAGUUGGGCAAACAAGCUCGGAAAUCGAGACAAGGAAGUACUGUGACUUGUGUGAUACAUGGUGCAUGAAUGAGUUUUCUAUGAAACAACAUGUUAGUGGCAGGAGUCACAUCCUCAAACUUCAUGCUGCUCAGAGGAAGAAUUGAUUAUGUUAGUGACUACUAGUACUUGUUCUUGUUAUGUUGAGUUUGGUUAAUUUUAAGAGUUAUGAGAUUAAUGCUUCUUGAUUUUCUGUUAACUCUAAACCCCUACUGCUUUUGAAGUUCGUAGUUUUUUUUUUAUUAAUAUAGAAUUAUCUUACAUUUUCUCGAA